CGAGGAUCCGCGGGUUGUGCGCGUUUCGUUCGUCUUUACUUCUGUAUGUUGCGAUUAUCGUCUCGAGGAAAGAAACACACAUCGUCUCUGUGCUCGCGGAAAAGUCCGUACUGUGCGGGUGAAAACGCACUCGAACGUGUCUGAAAAGUGUCUCCCCGGUUGGCCGGAAACGCGUACGUUGCGGAAGUGAUAUUUUCAACCGCUGACGAAUUUGGUAAAGUGGCUAAAAGUGGAUUUUUUUCCUGCGGAUUCUCAGCCUCCAUUAGCGAAGAAGUCUUUUCUUGCUGACAUUUUUUUUUCGCUCACCCUCUCCCGGUGGUGGUCGCAUUCUCUUGCUCUCGCGUUUGCAGUUUUGGUCGUCAUCGUCGUCGCGUCUCGGGAGCAAACGACGCAUUGGUGUUGGUGUGGAUUUCGUGGACGUCGUCAGUAAAGUGUGUGUUUGUGUGUGCGUUGUUCGCGCAGUAGUUUGCAUCGCAUCAGCGACAACAGCAAAAACAACAUCCAUCAGUGGCAUCCAGCCAGCCCAGCUUCAGCAUUCAGCCGGUGGUGGCGGCGGCAGAUAGUAGAUAGAUAGCUGUCGGUCGCACCUCGUCGCGUGUCGCGUUGUUCUGCGUCGCGGUUUUUGUUCAGUGGUGUGCGUGUGCAGUAAAGUUCGCCGUCAAAGUUGAGAAGCUACGAGCUCGAAUAGUGUCCGAAAGGGUGUUCCAGCCAGCAGAAGGGCACCAUUGUGUGAAGAUAGUGUGUAUUGUGGUCCGUCUUACCGAAUUUUUACACCUACGGAGUUGGUUACAAGAGAAAAGAGAGCGCAGCAAACGUGCCGAAGAAGAGCAACGAUUCAUCGUUCAUCAAUCGAAAAGUGAUCCCGUUUGCCCUUCGUACUGCGGGCUAUAUCGCGUUAUCCUGUUGGGUGUUGUGUGUCUGUCAUUGCGGGCCCCGCGCGAGUGUUAGUGGAAGUGCUCUUUUUGGCGAAUCAGCCACCAACCGAAGUCCCACAGCCAUCAUCAAUCCAUCCAUCCAUCUUCCGGAGUAGGAUUGCCCCGAACAACAGCUAAUUGACUCUUGAAUACGCGCAGAGGCAACAGCAGCGAACACACAGAGUGCCAAGUGAAGAAAGGGGUUCCGCUUUUUAUUGACCUGGGCGCGGAAGGAACCAAGCAACGCGAGGAAGGAUUUAAUUUUCUUUUUGUUUUUUUCGUUCCGACGCUGAUGACGUACGCUGCGUUUGUGCUCCUGCAAGUUCCGUAGCAGUGCGGUGCUGCUACGCGCGCCCGUAGUCGAGCUCGUAUCCUAUUAGUUGUUUUUACCCGCAACUAAUAUUGGCCACGGGAACGAAACUACGCUGGUGGAACCUGGCAGCCACAAUGUCGGUGCAGCAGUACUGUCUACGUUGGAACAAUCACCAGCCGAACUUCAUCUCCGUCUUCUCGACCCUGCUGCACAAUGAGAGCCUGGUGGACGUCACACUGGCUGCCGAGGGCCGACAGCUGCAGGCCCAUAAGGUGGUGCUGUCGGCGUGCAGUUCCUACUUUCAGUCCUUGUUCACCGCUAAUCCCUGCCAACACCCGAUAGUGAUACUAAAGGACGUACAGUACAACGACCUCAAAACGAUGGUAGAUUUCAUGUACUACGGGGAGGUGAACGUGUCGACGGAACAGUUGCCCCAGGUGCUAAAAACGGCAGAGAUGCUAAAAAUCAAAGGCCUCGCGGAAAUGCCUGACGCUUCGGCGGUGUGUAAGGCCGACCCGAGCAAGCUCGACCAUCCGGACCUGGUGGGCGCCGGCCUAGGUCCGGGUGGAACAGGCGGUCCAGAGUCAAUAUGGGGCAGCGCAGAAUCUCAACAGCAGCAAGCCGCCGCCCAGCAGCAACAACAACAACAGCAAUACCAUCAGCAGCUACAAGCCCAACAGCCCCAGCUGCGAAGGACACCCUCCCCCACCACCAACAUGUCGCCGGCGGCACGGCGGAAACGGUUAAGAAAAACCUCAACGGGGUCGGGUUCGCUCUCUACCGAACGCAUCCAGCAACAACAGCAGCAGCAUCACCAGCAUCAGCAACAGCAGGAAGAGCACGGUACCAACACGGAUGGAACGAUAAACAUCGUCCCACAUCUGCACAUACAGCAACAGGUUGAUAACAUAUCGUACAGCACCAGCCAUAGUGCGCUGGCGUCACUUGCUGGGGCGGCCGGCGGAGCUGGUAACAAUAUUCGAAUAAUCAAGGAAAGUCCCAGUUCCGACGUUGACCAACAGCAGCAUGAAUCGUCCCAGGAAAGUGUGGACGAGUCCGGUCACCAUAUACCAAGUAUCAUCAAAACCGAGGACUUGAGUGGUGUGACGCAAACGAUACCGAUGGACAUUUCCGCGACGUCGACUAGCGUGGCGGCAGUCAAUAUCCCCCAGUCGCAAUCUCAGCACAGUGUUGUCGAAAUGGCUAAGAUUGCCCUCGGAUUGACACCCGGCCAGUCCAGUACCAGUGGCACAUCCAGCCUAUCUGCCAGCUUGGAGUCAUCUUCGUCGGUCGGCGGCAUGCCUUCAGCCGCAAAACGAGGUCGUCUGCUGAUCCGUCAACAGCGGAUAAAGAAAGAAAGCGAUUCGUCUUCGUCCGGCCAGCAGUACGGCUCCGACUUGGAUACCCCGGACGGAACUACGAUGUACUCGCAGAACCUACUAACGGUCCCGACGCACCAUCGGUUCGAGAGGCAGGUUUCCGAACCGAUCAUUCCUACAUCUCCCGCCGUAUCAUCUCCACCGGAAGCUCGCAUAGCGGGCGCAGAGCGGUCUCACGGUGGACAUCAUCUAGCCGUUUCCCAGCAGCCAUAUCUUGUGAAACAACACUCCCACCCGUUGUUGCCUAGCCAGACGUCAAGUUCCCUGGCACCUCAUCAGGCGUUCCAGACCAUCUCGUCAUACUCUCUGCAACGUCAGCUCUCUCACCCAAUGACCACUACGCAAAGCUCAACUCCGCUGACCUUGGUCACCAGCAGUAGUGGGUCUACCCACUACCUAACGCCGUCCUCUUCACUGAAAACCGAUUCCGACGAAGAACCGUCGACUCCCGCAUCAACGAUCCCACAAAUCCACUUACAAACCGACCGUACAUCGAGCCCAACAGUUGUUCUGGUUCCCGAUAUGGAAUCACUGCAACAGCAGCAUCAUCUAUCGGGAGGCACGCUGACAAGUACAGGUGGAUCUAGUGCUAUUACCACAACGAUCACCACCAGCAGCACCACCAGCUCAUCAUCCGCUACAGCACUGCUAUCCGAUUUGAGUUCAACCGCACCGAGUUCGAUUCGCGUGAAAGGCGAAGAACUUUCCCGGUCUGCUUCAUCCCCUUUGACAAGCAGCCGAUCGACCGAAAUUCCCGGCUUGGACAGCCAACGAUCCAGCCAUUGCCCGGUGGUACGGGAGGGCCCUGCGCUGGGGUGCAACUUUUGUUGGAACACCAUCGACGCUCAUGGGCGAAUUCUGAGGCGGAAAACCAAGUACCACUGUCCCGAGUGCCAGACGAACUUGUGCAUCGUUCCCUGCUUCCAGGAAUACCACGAAAGGCAGUCGGCGGAAAAUCCUGCCCCCACCGGAAACGAUAGUAGUGGUGGAGGCGGAGGUAGUGGGAGCGGGAGCAGCGGCAAAUCCGGUCUGCGCAACUAUCCCAAGUCGGGUUCGAUGUAAGCGGUCGCCGCAGUCCGGCGAUUUUCUGUUUUGUGCGCGGUCGAAAUUAAUUGUACGCGAAAAAAAGGGGUGUCCCUGGUUUCAGCGAUAUCCCUAUCUGUGCGGAAUUGUGUCAUUCUCUUCGUUGUUCAUAGCUGUUUAGUACGAGGGUAAGAAAUGGAACGCAAAAACUUGACUAUAUUAGGAAGUAAUUGAAAUUUUUAACGGACCUCCGGCUUGGAUCGCUCCCCCGAUCACGAUCGUCUUCUCAGAUUUACACAAGGAACGGUUUUGCCUCUAUUGAAGAAUUUGAAUGAAUUUUUGGCAUUCCGUCUGGUCAAAAUUAACACACAGGUAAUGAAAAUCGCUAGUUUUUUUUUCCGACUCCAUUUAUUGGAUAAAUGGGA